CUUUUGCUUGAUACGAACUGGUGCCUAGACGAACUUCGUCGCGUGUCCAUGUUUUUGCUCAGUGAAACAUCAUGAAUGGUGGAGACAGCCCCCCAGAAUGUCUUUGGUGGUCAAGGAGGACAAACAGAUACCACGCGACUGUGAUAGUCAGGACCUGGUCUUAUGGAACACACAUGCAUGUACUCACUUCUCUCUUUGUCUCUCCGUUAUGACCACGAUCGACAUUAAUGCAAUUUUGCCACUCUAGGUCAGCAUGCGCUCAAUCGCCGACCGCGGGUCAGCAUCACGCAACACAGCCUCAGACAGAAUCACCCCGUCGGCACCUGAGAGCAACCAAAAGCAGGCAGACAGAUAAGGAGCCAUGAAUCAUGAGCGACAUGUUUGCGGACCGGCGCUGACGACCGCCCUCAGCUCCUCGGCGGUAUCCACCCCUCCUUCAGAUAGCACAAAGAUCUCUCUGAUGAAUCAGACAAACACACGGUUGCAGGAAUCGUGGGGGCUGCCGUCGACCCCUGACGCACUCACUUUUCCUUCAGGCGCCUUCUCAUUUCGUCUGUGAGCAAUCGAGUCGUUCUGAAAGGCAAGCAGCCCCCGGGGUCCAGCCAUGGACUUCUGGUUCGUGUCUUUGCUAAGCACCUGUGUACAUCGGGUUGCAUAUCCCAGAAGUUCAGAUUAUUAAUGGCGACGAUUUUGCAGCCAUCCAGCCGGAGACAUCGCUCAAGCUGCUCGCGGGAGCUGACGCUGACGAUCGCUUGCACCGAUAUGCGCUCGCACACUCUGCAAAGACACCAGGUGGGCGACAUCGUCCCUGUCUGCUUUUGGUGCAGUGCUCAUUGCUUACUUCAGGAAGGCUUGCAAGUCACGGUCAGACAAGACAGCAGCAACCAACUGCAAUAAAAUAGAAGGCAGGGAGCGAAUGCUAGUGUGUGCAAUGCGUUUACUUUGACUGCAUCCGCACCAGCGAGCCGCGCACGGACAAUCUGAGGAACCAACACAACUGACGAAACUCCCUUUCGGUUCGCCCUCCUCCGGUGCUCGUUCGUCCCUUUGCCUACUUGCCAGGCGUAUACGAAUAUGUCACUGGCGAUGAUUGGCACAGUCGAUCCUCUUCGUGCCGCACCCAAGUCGUCAAAAUUCCCAGCGUAGUACCUAACGCAGUUGAGCAUGUGCAGAUUCAAGUCCCUUGUUGCGCAUAUAAAAGGCUGCCUGCCUGAGUUCUCACUUGUUAUCAAUGUGAACCGACACUGCGGCCACGCCCCUCCUCUCCCCACCGUCGGCGUAUGUGCUUGCGAUGGCCUUUGGGUCGUACUUGGCCUUGAGAAUGCCGUGAUUAGGAGACGCCUUCAUGCACUCCCCCACCAGCGCCACGCCUCUCUCGGCCUUCUGUCGACAUAGCGAGCCGUAGAGAUCCCUCGGGCGGUUGGCCGGGCGGAGGUUGUACUCGCCGACUUGGUACAUGAGAUUUGACAUGGGGUAUCUGUCCCUCAGACGAUCCACUUCCAUCUCCUUGCUCCAGACCAUCUCCUCCAAUCUGAUGCGGCAGACAAACAGACAUGCCAGCUGCUUUCUGCCUGCCACACGUCUGUCCACGUGCAUCCCACGUUGACGCACCUAUGUGAGGGCAGCGGUGCCAGCUCAGGCAGGCUGAAUUCGAUUGUGCUGAUGCUCACAGGACGGGCUACAUUCACCAGGCGCCGGGGUAGCUGCAACACCACGCAACGCGAGUGGCAGCGCUGUGGAGUGUCCACCCUCUCUGGUACCCACCGUGAUAUCUGGAUCGGGAUUGUCAGGCGAAUAGUCGACUUUUGAAGUGAAUGGUGACACCAUGAAGGAGCCUCCCCGUUGCCUCUUUAUCUCUCUCAGUCUCGCACGGGUUGUCUCGUUCAUAGGGGUGGACGCACGCGUCCUGUCGGGGUUCUUCGGACCAAUCUCAACAAAUAGCGAACAACUCCCGUACUGCAUCGAAUAGACAUGCCAGCCCAAUCACGACGAUUGCCCGUCAUACUUUGUGGGUGCCUGUGUGAUGACCAGGUAGGUGUUCCCGCCCUUGAUCAUGGGUCCGAUAGCCCCGUCGCCAAAAAAACCCAUUAAAGGGCCGUCAUAGCCCCACUCACGCAGCUUCUCCACCUCAUAGUUGCCCUUGCCAAACAGCUUGCGGCCGCGAUCUAGACCUUUCAGGACAAACAGGCCCUCCGGACGAAAUGUGGCGUCCUGCCAUCCCCAGAAGAGUGACAGACGCCACGUGCCAGCUCAUGUUCCGUACGUGUCGACCUCACAUGGUGAGUGUACCUACUUCAUCCAGGUCGUAGGCGAGCCUCUGAAGUGUUUCAGAGAGGUCGACCUGCGCACCGUACAUAUCUCUCACAUAGAAACGCAUCGUCUGUCCCUCCUGUAUGGGCUGCUGGAUCAGCAGACCGCCUUCACGAAAGCUGGCCUUGGGCAGCUGGUGAGCACACCACACAAUCGACCGCGACAUCUCAUCUCUCGCGGUAUGUGUGUACCUCCUCGACGAGGUAUCUGCUCGAAGCGGCUGAUGAUGCUUGAGACACAUCGGAGGGGGACGGUAGCUGCAUGGGGACCUGCAUAUUACAUGGCCGGUUACUGGUGUCAAGUUCUUGGCAGUCAAGCCGGUUACCUGUUCGACUCCCAGCAUGGUUGCCUUCUUGAUGAGAUUGGCAUCGGUGUCGUCCAACUCAUACGUCAGACGCGUAUACUCACUCCAGGGACUGAGGCAUAACAGACGGAGCACCAAAAACCAUAUAGGAAACAUCUACUCUUCACUUCGUGUGCUUUCCAUGACUCGAUCGGCACGGUGUCUGCGGCUCCGACGCCGUCCUCGCUCAUUCGUUUUUCAGCGUUCGCCCCCUGUAGAGCGGCGAAGGAUUGCGCAGUCUCGGACAGCUCCUCCAGGUCCACCAUCUUCUGUGGUGAUGGCGGCUCAUCCUUGAAAAUCUCCACGAUCUUGUGCGGCUCGCACUUGGUAAUACGGAAUCGAUCACUGACUGGACGGCAACCAUGGGCGAGGCGAGUGCGGACCUGACAAACAAGGAGGAUAUGUGCUUAGGCACCGGUCGUCAUGUUUUCCGUGUGCAUACAUCUAUAUCUCCGACGAGCAUGAGGCCGAUGAGGCCAUCCUGUGCGAAGGUGUCGAGCGAUAUCUCACCAGCAGGAACGUUCUCGGGCCACAAUGCUGUCAUGUUGAAGUUUGAAGAGGAUGACAUGGCACUGCAACCAUACCGACGCAUGGAUGAAUCAGUGCAUGAGGGCGUUGUCCCUGUUACCUCCAUGCAAAUAUGGCCGGACUGCUGCUGGCGCCAAAGGUGCUUGCCAGGCCACCAACUUUCUUGGACUCCGGGUAGGCCUGAUCCAACCCAAUGAUGACAUUGUCAAGGCCCUGAAGCCGCAUGAAUCGGGGGGUGCUGUACAUGAAGAAGAGGGGCACGUCUGACGGGGGCACACCCAGGUAAGAGAUCCAGUCUUCAGCGGGGUCGAACUUGUCCGGUAUCUCAGAUGCCAACCUGAUACAGCCCACCGAAGCAUAAAUCAUCUCCCUGCACAUAUGUCCCUCGCCCUUUCAGCGGUUACAUCUGGAAGGGUUUGAUGGUGACAUCAGGCAGACUGGCCAGCGUGACCGACACAGAUGGAACACCCUCUGCCUCCUGUGCUUCCCCUGGUUCCUCCCUCUCCGCAGAUCGUCCGAUGUUCCCCCCCGUCGUCGUUCCAAUGAUCGCCUUGACAUCAGGGAGCAUGCGCCUCAUCUGGGGCACCAGACCGUCCCACUGGAACUUGCUCGAGUACAGACUGCAAGCAUGAACGAUGGCAAGAUCGGGCGUCACCCCCUGUGGCAGCUGACUCCUUGCUGCCUCCACUGCAUCUGCCGUUGCAUCUGUCAGGUUGGCCUUAAGACUGAGGGCCGAAGACCAUCUUUGGGGAACCGAGAGGGACUGCGCAGUCGGCACGCUCGCCGGAGGUACAGAGGGCGCAGAGGAAGGCGAUGGACUGACGCAGCUCAGUGAGCGAGACGAUGUGACCCGGCACGGUCCACGCAGAUGAGCGGAUGAGUCGUCAUGACGGGGCGCCAGCCUCAGAUGUGAACCGAGGGGGGAGAACCCGAGGGCAGAACAGAUGAAGGCUGAAUGCAGGAAAAGAAGAGGUGGGAUCUCCAUGGCGCUCCCUGCUUUGGGGUUUGAC